UUAUUAUUAUAUGCAAUGUCGUGUCAAAAUACUGAGAUUUUUUUAUUACUGUUUGUGCAGUUCAUCCCUCUCCCAUUGAUUUCCGGCUUCUAUCUAGCUCGAUUCUUUACUAAAAAAAGCUUGUCAUCAUACUUUGCAUUUGUGACGUUGGCAAGCUUAAUGGUUCUGUGGUUUUUUGUGCAUAACUACUGGGGUCUCAAUAUCUGGAUGGCUGGUAUGCCUUUGAAAUCCUUCUGCAAAUUGAUAGUUGCAAGUGUAUUGAUGACAAUGGUUGUUCCUGGUCUGGCACUUCUUCCAUCAAGACUGCAUUUUUUGACUGAGCUUGGUCUUGUCAGUCAUGCAUUAUUGUUGUGUUACAUAGAGGAUCGGUUCUUCAACUUUACCACGAUGUAUUAUUAUGGAUUUGAUGAAGAGGUAAUGUAUCCAAGUUACAUGGUUUUGACCACAACAUUUUUGGGCUUGGUUCUAGUGAGGAGGUUAUCUCUGGAUCAUCGGAUUGGACCAAAAGCCGUCUGGAUCCUGACUUGUCUAUAUUCUUCAAAGCUAGCAAUACUAUUUAUUACCUCAAAAUCAGUUUUGUGGGUCUCAGCUGUUCUGCUUUUGGCUGUUUCCCCACCAUUGCUUCUUUACAAAGACAGGUCAAAAGGAGCUUCAAAAAUGAAAGUUUGGCAAGGUUAUGCUCAUGCAUGUGUAGUAGCUUUAUCCGCUUGGUUGUGCAGGGAAACAAUCUUUGAAGCUCUUCAGUGGUGGAAUGGAAGGCCUCCAUCAGAUGGUUUGCUUUUGGGUUCCUGUAUUCUGUUAACAGGGAUUGCUUGCAUACCAAUUGUUGCUCUUCACUUUUCCCAUGCUCAGUCUGCGAAAAGGUUCCUUGUGCUCGUGGUAGCCAUGGGUCUGCUAUUUAUUCUUAUGCAGCCUCCUAUUCCUCUGUCAUGGGCAUUCCAGUCAGACUUGAUCAAAGCAGCACACCAGUCUUCUGAUGAUAUUUCAAUAUAUGGCAUUGUGACUUCUAAGCCUACAUGGCCAUCAUGGUUGCUCAUGGCAACAAUCUUGCUUACAUUAUCAGCGGUCACCUCCAUCAUUCCUGUCAAGUAUAUUGUUGAGUUGAGGACAUUUUACGCAGUUGGAGUUGGAGUGACAUUAGGCAUCUAUAUUUGUGCAGAAUACUUCUUCCAGGCGGUAAUUCUGUACCCCCUUCUUGUUGCAACCAUUGUCUGUGCUUCUGUCUUUGUAGUCUUCACACACCUUCCAUCUGCAUCGAGUACAAGAGUUUUGCCAUGGGUAUUUGCUUUACUGGCAGCCCUCUUCCCAGUGGCAUACUUAUUGGAAGGACAGCUGAGAGACAAGAGCAUUGAAGAAGGGGAAGAAGCAGACAGGUUCACAACCAUGCUGGCAGUUGAAGGGGCAAGAAUGUCGCUUUUAGGUCUCUAUGCCAUGAUAUUUAUGCUGAUUGCAUUAGAGAUCAAAUUUGAGUUGGCAUCAUUGUUGCAUGAGAAAGCCCUUGAAAGAGGUGUUUCGCCAAGUCAGUCUGGUUGGAACUCUGGCUUCCCACCAAAAUUGAGGCUUAUCCAACAACGCAGGGCAUCAGCUGCACCAUCCUUCACAAUCAAGAGGUUGGCGGCCGAGGCUGCUUGGAUGCCUGCAGUGGGCAACGUCUCUACAGUUCUGUGCUUUGUCAUCUGCCUGAUACUUAAUAUGCAUCUCACUGGUGGCUCAAAUCGUGCAAUAUUUUUCCUUGCACCAAUCCUUCUGCUUCUCAACCAGGACUCAGAUAUAUUUGCAGGGUUUGGGGACAGGCAGCGGUAUUUUCCAGUGACGGUGGCUAUCUCUGGCUACUUGGUCUUGACUGCCUUGUACAGGAUAUGGGAGGAAGUCUGGCAUGGAGAUGAUGGAUGGGAAUUUCAGAUUGGCGGGCCUGGAUGGUUUUUCUCCGUGAAGAAUGCUGCCCUUCUUAUUCUCACCUUACCAAACCACAUUCUCUUCAAUCGCUUUAUGUGGGACUAUGUGAAGCAGACAGACACAAUGCUACUGCUGACAAUGCCUCUUAAUUUGCCAUCAAUCAUAAUAACAGAUAUAGUUACUGUGAGGGUUCUAGGACUAUUGGGAGUUAUUUAUUCUCUUGCUCAGUACUUGAUAUCAAGGCGGAUAAGAAUUGCAGGAAUGAAAUAUAUAUGAAGCGGGUUGGGUCUGGACAAUGAGGUACCACCUUUUUUUUUUGGUUACAGCUUCCUUGCCUUUUUCAUCAUAUUAUGUAUGGUUGAGUCGCCGAGGUUGUUUCCAUCUGUUGGGUUACAUGUUUGAACCACAGUUUCUUAUCUUGGAGCCUGGAACAAUUUUAGUUUCUAUUUUUGAGGAGCGAAAUAUCUUGGGGAAUGUGCCCUGAUGAACAAGUAUAUGAUGGUUGUGAAGGUGGACUACCCUACCUGCUUUGCUGGGUCCUGAUGGUUGUGAAGGUGUGCUGUAAACUUAAGAGCCAUACACUCAGCCAAGAUCUGUUUCUCAUCUUCACUUUGAUAUGCCUUUAGAAAGGGGUGUUUGAUGCUUUUGCUUGUGUAACAGCCCAAGCUGAAGUGGCUUAACUAAUUUUCUAUGUGGCAUUCUUUUUGUUGAAGUUAAUCAUAUAUGGCAGACAUUAGAAUAGAUACUAUAAUGUCUCAUAGAUUUCUGCUUUCUUGUACUUUAUGAAUCAUUACUUAUUAUAGUCCUAUGUACUCCAUAGUAUUUUUGUGGAAAAAUAUAAUUUUAUUUUAUUC